AUGGCCAUGCUGAGAGUGUCGUCCUACCGCCGGCAGUUUGAGGAGGAGUUGGAAUGGAGGGUCCAACAGAGGUUGUGGAGGGCAGUACCGCUCCUCGGCAGUCAAGGCCAGGUCAGUGUGUGGAUUGUUGGUAGCCCGCUCACCUCUACAUGGAUUAGAGGGCCUGGGUCCUGUUCAGUAGGGGGGAAAGAAUUUAAAAACACUGAAACGUGGAGGUACUACCUUGUCCAAUAAUAAGACUUGUUUUCUGUUGCAAAAUGUGUUGCUAUGGUGAGCCCUACUGAACAUGACCCUUAACAUACGGACCACAGGAGAUGAUCUGUAUGGAGAUCACUGUGCACCGAGGAUGGUUUACUACAGGGUUUCUCAACCUUUUUUUCUACCAGAGGCUGGCAAGCUUCUUGGGGGACCUCUUCCAUUAAACUAGAAUGUAUCAGACAACCCUCUGAAGGACCGGGCAGCAAUAUCCCAGGGACCGUUGCUGGUCCAGUUGCCAGAGGUUGAGUGACACUGGUUUACUACAUUUACAUUUUACAUUUAUUUAGCAGACACUCUUAUCCAGAGCGACUUACAAAUUGGUGCAUUCAACUUAUGAUAGCCAGUGGGACAACAACCUUUUUUUAAAUUAAUUUUUUAUGGGGGGUGGGGGAAGAAGGAUUACUUUAUACUAUUCCAGGUAUUCCUUAAAGAGGUAGGGUUUCAAGUGUCUCCGGAAGGUGGUCAGUGACUCCGCUGUCCUGGCGUCGUGGGGGAGCUUGUUCCACCAUUGGGGUGCCAGAGCAGCGAAUAGCUUUGACUGGGCUGAGCGGGACCUGUGCUUCCGUAGAGGUAGGGGAGCUAGCAGGCCAGAGGUGGAUGAACGUAGUGCCCUCGUUUGGGUGUAGGGUCUGAUCAGAGCCUGAAGUUAAGGAGGUGCCGUUCCCCUCACAGCUCCGUAGGCAAGCACCAUGGUCUUGUAGUAGAUGCGAGCCUCAACUGGAAGCCAGUGGAGUGUGCGGAGGAGCGGGGUGACAUGAGAGAACUUGGGAAGGUUGAACACCAGACGGGCUGCAGCGUUCUGGAUAAGUUGUAGGGGUUUAAUGGCACAGGCAGGGAGCCCAGCCAACAGCGAGUUGCAGUAAUCCAGACGGGAGAUGACAAGUGCCUGGAUUAGGACCUGUGCCGCUUUCUGUGUAAGGUAGGGUUGUACUCUGCGAAUGUUGUAGAGCAUGAACCUGCAGGAUCGGGUCACCGCUUUGAUGUUCGCAGAGAAUGACAGGGUGUUGUCCAGGGUCACGCCAAGGUUCUUUGCACUCUGGGAGGAGGACACAAUGGAGUUGUCAACCGUGAUGGCGAGAUCAUGGAGCGGGCAGUCCUUCCCCGGGAGGAAGAGCAGCUCCGUCUUGCCGAGGUUCAGCUUGAGGUGGUGAUCCAACAUCCACACUGAUAUGUCUGCCAGACAUGCAGAGAUGCGAUUCGCCACCUGGUUAUCAGAAGGGGGAAAGGAGAAAAUUAAUUGUGUGUCGUCUGCGUAGCAAUAGGAGAGAACAUGUGAGGAUAUGACAGAGCCAAGUGACUUGGUGUAUAGAGAGAAUAGGAGAGGGCCUAGAACUGAGCCCUGGGGGACACCAGGGGUGAGAGCACGUGGUGCGGAGACAGAUUCUCGCCACACCACCUGGUAGGAGCGACCUGUCAGGCAGGACGCAAUCCAAGAGUGAGCAGCACCGGAGAUGCCCAACUCGGAGAGGGUGGAGAGGAGGAUCUGAUGGUUCACAGUUUUAAAGGCAGCGGAUAGGUCUAGAAGGAUAAGAGCAGAGGAGAGAGAGUUAGCUUUAGCAGUGCGGAGAGCCUCCGUGACACAGAGAAGAGCAGUCUCAGUUGAAUAACCAGUCUUGAAACCUGACUGGUUUGGAUCAAGAAGGUAAUUCUGAGAGAGAUAGCAGGAGAGUUGGCUAGAGACGGCAUGCUCAAGAGUUUUGGAGAGAAAAGAAAGAAGGGAUACUGGUCUGUAGUUGUUGACAUCGGAGGGAUCGAGUGUAGGUUUUUUGAGGAGGGGUGCAACUCUUGCUCUCUUGAAGACGGAAGGGACAUGGCCAGCGGUCAAGGAUGAGUUGAUGAGCGAAGUGAGGUAAGGGAGAAGGUCUCCGGAAAUGGUCUGGAGAAGAGAGGAGGGGAUAGGGUCAAGCAGGCAGGUUGUUGGGCGGCCGGCCGUCACAAGUCGCAAGAUUUCAUCUGGAGAGAGAGGGGAGAAAGGAGUCAAAGCAAAGGGUAGGGCAGUGUGAGCAGGACCAGCGGUGUCAUUUGACUUAAUAAAUGAGGAUCAGAUGUCGUCAACCUUCUUUUCAAAAUGGUUGACGAAGUCAUCCACAGAGAGAGAGGAGGGAGGGGGAGGAGGAGGAGGAUUCAGCAGGGAGGAGAAGGUGGCCUAGGGUUAGAGGCAGAGGCUUGAAAUUUAGAGUGGUAGAAAGUGGCUUUAGCAGCGGAAACAGAGGAAGAGAAUGAAGAGAGGAGGGAGUGAAAAGAUGACAGGUCCGCAGGGAGUCUAGUUUUCCUCGGCUGCCCGGAGCCCUCUUCUGUGAGCUCGCAAUGAGUCGUCAAGCCACGGAACAGGAGGGGAGGACUGAGCCGGCCGGGAGGAUAGGGGACAUAGAGAGUCAAAAAGAUGCAGAAAGGGAGGAGAGGAGGGUUGAGGAGGCAGAAUCAGGAGAUCGGAGGGAGAAGGAUUUAGCAGAGGGAAGAGAUGAUAGGAUGGAAGAGGAGAGAGUAGCGGGAGAGAGAGAGCGAAGGUUGCGACGGCACAUUACCAUCUGAGUAGGGGCAGAGUGAGUAGUGUUGGAGGAGAGCGAGAGAGAAAAGGAUACAAAGUAAUGGUCGGAGACUUGGAGGGGAGUUGCAGUGAGAUUAGUAGAAGAACAGCAUCUAGUAAAGAUGAGGUCAAGCGUAUUGCCUGCCUUGUGAGUAGGGGGGGACGGUGAGAGGGUGAGGUCAAAAGAGGAAAGGAGAGGAAAGAAAGAGGCAGAGAGAAAUGAGUCAAAGGCAGACGUAGGGAGGUUAAAGUCCCCCAGAACUGUGAGGGGUGAGCCAUCCUCAGGAAAGGAACUUAUCAAGGCGUCAAGCUUAUUGAUGAACUCUCCAAGGGAACCUGGAGGGCGAUAAAUGACAAGGAUGUUAAGCUUGAAUGGGCUAGUGACUGUGACAGCAUGCAAUUCAAAUGAGGAGAUAGACAGAUGGAUCAGGGGAAAAAGAGAGAAUGUCCACUUGGGAGAGAUGAGGAUUCCUGUGCCACCGCCGCGCUGACCAGAUGCUCUUGGGGUAUGCGAGAACACAUAGUCAGACAAGGAAAUAGCAGUAGGAGUAGCAGUGUUUUCUGUGGUAAUCCAUGUUUCCGUCAGCGCCAAGAAGUCGAGGGACUGGAGGGUAUCAUAGGCUGAGAUUAACUCUGCCUUGUUGGCCGCAGAACGUCAGUUCCAGAGGCUGCCGGAGACCUGGAACUCCACGUGGGUCAUGUGCGCAGGGACCACCAGAUUAGAGUGGCAGCAGCCACGUGGUGUGAAGCGUUUGUAUGGCCUGUGCAGAGAGGAGAGAACAGGGAUAGACAGACACAUAGUUGACAGGCUACAGAAAAAGGCUACAAUAAUACAAAGGAGAUCAGAAUGAAAUGAACUAAACAUCUGGGAAAGCGAGAGAGCGGGGCCUCCCUCACUUACGUUUCACUGAAACACUCAAAUAUAACUCUCCCAACUUCCACUUUAGAAAUUAUAAUUGUUAUAAACUACAGCGGUUCAAUGUUUUCUAGGAAUAGACUCUAACUUAGUUUAUUCAGCUAGCUAACUUGGUACUUCCGUGAAAACCAUCCAGGGCACCGAAUCCUAUGAUGCCAUAGCCAACUAGCAUGCCAGCCUCCAAUAACACGGUUUAGCACCAAUACUCGGUUACAACAAACCACCAGUGUGUUAACACGCCAAGCAGAUCAUUCGUGUCCGUGUCUAACGUUGUGUAAAGUUUUGGGUUAGUUUUGACAGUUUGAGUGAGUACGUCGUCAAUUUAUUCAGCCAGUUAGUUAGCUAGAAUAGUUAGCAUACUAGCUAGCCAUUGCUCUCUGCCAACGAACCAACCCCUCCUCCCACGACACGAAACACAGAGAGAGCCAAGCUAACGUUAACUAGUCACCCAUGUCCUGAAUUCCCUUGAACGACUCUGGUUACCAGUAUGUAAAAACAAAACAAAAAUAAAUGUAGGUUAUAACUUACCCUUAGUAGCUACUGUUAGCCAGUUAAGUGCAAAGCUAACCACUGAUUUAGCCAGUUCGCGUCUGUCCCAACGGAGAGAAAGCGUCUCCAAAUAUUACAGCUAGGUCGUUCCAGCUAUUGUUUAGUUAGCUAUCCAGGUAGCAACAAGCUAGCUACAUUUCAAGUAAUAGUAGCUACUAACUACUAUUAUUCUACAAUGUAAAAAAUAAAGAAAAACCAUUGAAUGAGUAGGUGUGUCCAAACCUUUGACUGGUACUGUAUAUACACUAGAUCAAUGGUUCCCAACCAUACUAGUGUCACGACUUCCGCCGAGGCUGCCCCCCCUCCUGGUUCGGGCAUGCUUCGGCGUUCGUCGUCACCGGAGUCCUAGCUACUGCCGAUUCCUUUCUCAUCACUCCACUUGUCAUGUCUUGUCAGUCACACACACCUGGUGCUCAUUCCCCUAAUUAGUAUGUGUAUAAGUGUUCCCUCUGUUCCCCUUGUCUUUGUGAGUGAUUGUUUGUUGUGAGAGCGUGUAGCUCGGUUGAGCUACUAUUCACUGUGUUUAUGCCAAUGUGGAUGUUUUCCCUUGUAAUAGUUUCGUUUUACGCUUUGGGCGUUUUAAUUAUGUAAACGGAAUAAACUCUGGACUUCGGUGUUUUACCUCCUGCGCCUGACUCCUUCAUUCACACCUCGUCACAACUAGGAGGAGGCUAAGGGGUUAAAUCUUCUGUUUGUAUUGUGUUGUGCAAACUUGAGAUUGGUUGAGACAUACAGUACUUGUAAGGACAAUGCUUUAUGGUAAUUUGUCAGUCGUGGCCAAUUGUGAUGAGUUUCAGAGUUCAACAAAGUUUGAGUUAUGACAGAUGUUUGUUUUCUUUCACUCAAGUAUGUCUGAAUAAGCUUAUUUAAUCAGAAGCAAAUGUGCGGUAGCUUUGCACGAUUUCCAUAUGCAGUAUAGCGUGUCACUCAGUUGGCCAUUGCAUGUUUCGCAUUAGUUACGCCUUGUCUGUCCCAAGGGAAAAGUUUGAAGGGUGAUGACAAACGCCUUUUGCAUUUGUGUCAAACAAUGACAUCAUGUUACCUCUGGCGGUGUUAAUUUGCACAGAGCUGAUUUGGGAGGGGCAGCAAUGCUAUUAAUUCAAGACACUUCAGAGAUUGCGAUCUUGUGGCCCUUGAUGGCGCCCUGCUUUGAGGAGGACAAUGACUCUCUGGAGGCCCAGAUCUGUGAGCUGGAGGAGAGGCUGGCUGGCCAACAGACCACCUCCACUUCUGACUUUAUUGAAGUAAAGCAGUGCUUGGCCACUCCCUAAGCUAUUCUCUUUGCUUUUCAGCUCGUUCAAGCACAGCAUGACUACCUCUAGGAGCGCAACCAUCAAAUCAUGCAUAUCAUGACUCUUCUCCCAGUUCUUAAUAAGCUUGUCCCUAAACUCAUUACCCUUCCCCUCAUCAUGUUGGAAUAUGGCAAUGAUCAACUCUUCCAGUUUGGUCUGUCGUUCUGCAUCACUGCACAGUCUGCUGCCGCCACUGCAGGAGAUGACCUGGCUAGCCACACAUUCAGAGACACAGCAGAGCUGACCGUCCGCAUGGCCAGAGGGUAUUUCUGGGAUAUUACAGCAGAGACAUCCCUCAUCUGAGACCCUACCUCACCAAAACUUUGCAAGGCUCACUAGGAGCUAGGAAACCUGUAUGUUGUUUACGGUGGUUAGCUCCCACCAUGACAUAUAUAAUGAGUGGACUUAAAGUAGUGUUUGUGUAUAUGUGUGUGUGUGUGUGUGUGUGUGUGUGUGUGUGUGUGUGUGUGUGUGUGUGUGUGUGUGUGUGUGUGUGUGUGUGUGUGUGUGUGUGUGUGUGUGUGAAUAUGAGUUAGUAUGUAUCGGUGUGCGCAUGUGUGUCUGUAUGUAUAGCCACUGGUGUAAAUGGAUGGAUAGCCGCUGUCACAGACCAUUCCCACUACUUACCAGUACCAGACUGAUAAGCCACUGUGUGUCCAGGACCAGAGCCUGUGUGACGUGGAGGAGCUGAGGAGAGAGCUGGACUAUCUGCAGGAGCAGUAUGAGGAGACCGUCCAGCAGAGGACACUCAUCCAACUGGAGCGGGAGGACGGUAAUGACCUCACUUCCUGUUCCUCUGGUGGCCAUUUUGGUGUUAUUGUUUAGUAAUUUUGAUUUGGUAUCUUUGUUUGUAAUGUAUUCUCUAACAAUGAGUAGACUUUUAAUGUGUGCUACUGUUAUAGAACAUGCAUAAAGACAUAGAUCUAACUUGUGGUAGCUCAACUUUUAUACCCAUUUUUCACCUGCAGUGAAGGACGAUCAUCUUCAAAAUAUUUUUUUUUUGCAAACAGGCAAAGAAGGGUGGAAAGAAAGAUUAAUUAUCUAAAUAUUCAAGGAGGGCCAAUAUCUCUUUGGGAGCAUUAAUGCAACUGUACUAAACUAUAAUAACCACUAGAUGGCAGUAUUGGCAUGACUUGCCAACACUGUUUUAUCCUCUCCUAUUAAACCCCAUUUCAUCUCAGCAUAGCCCAGCAGCUCCUCUGUAGCUCUAUAGUGCUCUACCCACUCUGUUCAACUGAUCAUCAGUCGUACAAUCUGGGCCGGCAGCCACAACGCAACCUGAGAACCCCAGUCUUAACAAACCCUACUAUCCGAUUCCCUCUAAUUCCAUUCCUGCCUGCCACAUCACACGUCACAGCCCCUCUCCACUGCCAGCCCAGAUGUUGGAGAAGCUGUUUCCAUGUCUCCUUAUUGAGUCAUUCAGGCUUUAAUUUAUCCCAUAUAGAUGUAAUACAGAUGGUAAUGUAGUCGGUGCAGUAAUGCGGCUGGCUGGCUGGCUCAGCCUCUGGCUCCGAUUGGAAAGCAGCUGGAGUGUGGAGAGAGACUAGAGCCGGUGACGGACACAGGCAGGGAGGGGAGAGGAGAAAAGAGAUUUGAAUGUGAUUGUGAACCAGUGUUGGAAGCAGCUCCUCGAGAGGAGGCUACAGUCUUUCUCAGCAGACAGGUGACAGACAGGCAGACAGGCAGGCAGGCAGGCAGGCAGGCAGGCAGGCAGGCAUUGGAAGAGGCUAAACAAGGCAUUGCUGGAUAUUUGAAGUCCAGCCUUGCCAUUAGCUAUUGAUUAAGCCUGUUUGUAAUUUCUGCUAAAGCUGCCCACAUCUUGGACAACCUCCAUGGUCGGUCUGUCUGUCUGUCAGCCAAUUCUCUGAGUGUUCUAUUGAGCUUGUAUCUGGGGUUGAGGCUGUUUUAGUGGAUGGUGUAUGGAUACAGUGUUUGUAUCUGGGGCUGAGGCUGUUUUAGUGGAUGGUAGAUGGAUUCAGUGUUUGUAUCUGGGGCUGAGGCUGUUUUAGUGGAUGGUAGAUGGAUUCAGUGUUUGUAUCUGGGGUUGAGGCUGUUUUAGUGGAGGGUGUAUGGAUACAGUGUUUGUAUCUGGGGCUGAAGCUGUUUUAGUAGAUGGUAGAUGGAUUCAGUGUUUGUAUCUGGGGCUGAGGCUUUUAGUGGAUGGUGUAUGGAUACAGUGUUUGUAUCUGGGGCUGAGGCUGUUUUAGUGGAUGGUAGAUGGAUUCAGUGUUUGUAUCUGGGGCUGAGGCUGUUUUAGUGGAUGGAUAUAGUGUUUGGUUCAGUAGCAACAAUGUGUUGAAGGCUCCCACAAAGGCUUCCCACAGUGGAAGAAGGCUGGAGGAGCUAGCUGAUUCUCAUCCAAAUCCAAAGCAGAAGACGGUGCUAUAAAGCACAGCUAGCCUGAAGCGAUGGAUGGAGAAGAAGAGAGGAGAGGAGAAGGGUGAUCUAGGGGGAUUUCUUUAGUCUUUACAGUCCAUAGACUGUGAGCGCAAAACUCUCUCCAAUUUACGGCCUCAUGUUUGCCCAGAGAUAACAGCAACAGACCGCCUGCCUCUUGUGCGACAUCCAUCAGGGCCCCAUGUGUUCCAGCAGCCACAGCAGAAAGGUUCCCACCCCUGGACCUUACUCGUUUUUCAUGUAGAUGUAAAUGCUAGCACCAGGAGUAAUUGAAUUCAUCACCAAUUAAUCAGGCACUUAAAAAGGGCUGGAUGAGCUAAAAGCUAAUUAGCCCUUUCCAUCCCCCCCUAUUCUCAGUAUUGCGGUGUCUAGCUAGCUACCUGCUGGUUGAGGGAAUAGAGUGUGUCAUGGUACUACCCUAGCCCCUUCUACCUACCCCUUACCCCCUAGGGACUCAUGUAGAUAUUAAAGGAUUGGAUUGGUGUAAGCCAGUGAAGGGGAUCAUAUUUUUGUUUUUGCCUAGCACCAACACACCUGAUUAAACUAAAGGCUUAAUGACGAGUUGAUUAGUUGAAUCAAGCUUGGUAAAUACUAGUGUAAGCAAUAUUGUGAAAAUGCCAUCUAGCCUAUCAGAAGACAAGCUGAAGCUUUCAACAUAUUGUUAACACCUAUCCAAUCUCCUGAGAUCUAAACAAGUGCAUAGGGGGUAGGGACUAAGGGUUUAUUUGGAACAACAAAUAGUGUUUGUGGUUUUCUUAUGAGCACUGUUGGUUUUCUAUUGAUCUGGCUCUCUGCUGCCCCCUGUAGGAAGUGGAUGUAGUGACGGCAGACUGUCUGGCCCUGAGGGAGCAGGUGAAAUUCUACCAGGAACAACUGGCUCACAUAGAGGCACAGCAUGAGACGGUAAGAGAGAAGGGACAUCUCAGAGAGGGGACUGGCUGGAUGGCCAACAUCAAUUACCCACAGUAUUAGUACACAAAGUAGGAACAGUUUACUACUCAAUGGCUCUCUUGGUCAUUACUUACAAGUGGGACUGUGUUUGAACCCGGGUUUCCUGCAUGCCAAAAGGCUGUUAGCCCACUGAGCUAAAGGCAUUAGCUCAGGGAGCUAAUGCGGGUAUUCAAAGCUCAGGCAAGGUUUGCCGAACCACCUCCUUUACAUAAGCAGAAAGGCUUUUCUGUUAAGCCAAGCCACUCAAACUUCAGAGGACAAGUGUUGGAGAGAUGCCCAGUAGGGGUUGCCAGGGGCAACAGGGUUCAGAUGACCUCGGCCAUCUUGUUGACCAGGUUUUACCAUGAACAGUAGUUAUUUUACCAGGAACAAUGGUGGUACUGAGGCUUGAUUAGAGCACAACAAGGCAGGGUAAGAAUAAGAAGAGGCUUUCCAAGGAGAGAUCUCACAGAUGAUAUAACCAGUUAUUAUAUCAUAGAACAGAGCCCUGAUUCUCUAUAACACUGCCUCACCCAAGCCUUUAACCCAGUCAUUCCCUCACACAAAAACUCACAUUUUAAUUGUUAAAUCCACAAAUCACAUAACUUAUAAAAUAAAAUAAAAUAUAAAAUAAAAAUAAUUCACACACACACACGCACACACUAUUGCAAAAAUAAUGCACACACAUUUGCUAAAUAAUUCACACACAUUUGCUAAAUAACACACAGACACACACACACACACACACACACACCCCUCCCUCUGUUCUCCAUCUCAUCAGCAGCUGACAGACACAUCCUGCUAUCAGAUCCUGGGAGAGCAGAGAGAGAGCGAGGCAGAGAGAGAGCGAGCGAGGCAGAGUGGCGGAGGGAGAGAGAGUGAGGCGGAGGGAGAGAGCGCGUGAGGCAGAGAGGUGGAGGGAGAGAGAGCGCGAGGCAGAGGGAGAGAGCACGAGGCAGAGCAGAGAGCGUGCGAGGCAGAGAGGCGGAGGGAGAGAGAGCGAGGCAGAGCAGAGAGCGAGGCAGAGCAGAGAGCGAGCGAGGUAGGCAGAGCAGAGAGAGAGAGAGCGAGGCAGAGCAGAGAGCGAGCGAGGCAGAGCAGAGAGCGAGCGAGGCAGAGCAGAGAGCGAGCGAGGCAGAGCAGAGAGCGAGCGAGGCAGAGCAGAGAGCGAGCGAGGCAGAGAGGCGGUGGGAGAGAGAGAGAGGCAGAGAGGCAGAGGGAGAGAGGCAGAGAGCGAGCGAGGCAGAGCAGAGCAGAGAGCGAGCGAGGCAUUGAGGCGGCGGGAGAGAGAGAGAGGCAGAGAGGCGGCGGGAGAGAGAGAGGCAGAGCAGAGAGCGAGAGAGGCAGAGAGGCGGCGGGAGAGAGAGAGAGGCAGAGCAGAGAGCGAGCGAGGCAGAGAGGCGGAGGGAGAGGCAGAGCAGAGAGCGAGCGAGGCAGAGGGCGAGAGAGGGAGGGCGAGAGAGGGAGAGGGAGACUGAAAGGGAACAAAGAGAGAAAGCAGAGAGAGAGGGAGCAGUGAGAAAGGGAAAAGGAGAAGCAAGCGGCAGUUCCUUCUCUUCGUCACAGUUUUUUCCUCUGUGAAGACCGGCCACUCGGCCGCACGCUACGUUUAACACACUCCCUCAGGUACACGCUCGAUAACUCGCUGCACCGGAUUACUCACAGCACCCCUAGGUUUUAUUAACUGCUAUUAUUAUCAGACAUUUCCAACACCUCAUAUUCCCCUGAUGAAUGGACUGCCUUAUCAUUACUCAAGGUUCAGGCUGCUGGGGUAUUUCAUUCUGCUGUGAUGGAUGCGUGGAGGUUGAUAAUGGUUUUAGGUAUUGCGACCUGAAGACGUACAUGGCUGGGUCUUAAUGUUGUGUGUGUCUGCAGAGGGUUGAGAGUCUGGUCUAGCCUGCUGAGCAUACAACACACAUGAACGUGCUCACUGCACACAUGCACACACACACCUCUCAGCCUAAUGUCUGUGUCUAAAUGUUGUGUGUGUGUGUGUGUGUGUGUGUGUGUGUGUGUCUGCAGACGGUUCAGAACAUGGUGGUCCCUGUAGAGGGUCCAGCUGCAGCAGGGAGAGAAGUCCUGGAGUUUUACAACCCUGACAUCACCCCAGUAUCAUGGAUAUCAAGGAGUACUAUAGCCAGCUGGCUGAGAGCCUCCAGGUACGGAUUCUGGAGAACACACACACGCAUGCACGAACAGUGUCAUUAUGUAAACAUACCUGCACACACACAGAACACACACACCCUUCAACAUAACUCCAGAUCCCCCCCCCCCCCCCCCCCCCCAAUCCUGCUACACACCUCUCCCCCACUCCACCUCCCUCUCCCACCCCCUCUUUCUUCCACAAACCGCCUGGCCCGUCCAGGCAUAACUCUGAGCCUUCACACAUCUCAGAGGGAUGGGCCAGCAUGUUUUCUUUUCCUCCUGACAUCACACUUGAGACGAACCUGAGAAUCAGAGCUGCUGCCACACACCAGAACAGACCCACUUUGUCCCACUGUGUGUUUGUGUGUGUCAGAAAGAGAGUGUGUAUGUGUUACAAGCUAGAGGUGCUCUGCUGGGGUCAACCUGGCUCUCCGGUGGGUCUGACCCUCCCCCAGGUUCCCGGGUCGGGAUGUCCGUAAUCAGACCUCUGGGCUGCUUCCUAGGUGGCAUGGGGGUGUGUGUGGAGGCUUUGGCCCAAAUUGACAGCAGCUCUUGCGGUAACCCAAACAAUUACACUCUCCCUCCCACUUCAUCCUAUCUCCUCCCCUCCUCCUCCUUCCCUCGUUCAUUGCCAGCUGGACAGCUUGCUGGCCUCCAUUAGUGUCUCAGAAGGUGCAAUUGUCUCCAUCCCCAAAUUAUUGCCAUUUGGGAUUGAAGUGAGAUUGCUGGCUGACUCUGGUACCUCGUUGCCACUCAUUUGUUCCUCUCCAUCAGGACUGCGUCCCAAAUGGCACCCCAUUCCCUUUAUGGUGCAUUACUUUUGACCAGGGCCUAUAGGGUGACAUUUGGGACGCACCCCAGGAAUGCGGUUAGGAUGAGGGGAGGGUUUAAGAUUGGUCUCAGCAGGUAUGAAGCUAAGGCAUGGACUGAUUAUUCUCCCUGUCUGGGUGUACAAAGUACAGGACACUGAUUAUUCUCCCUGUCUGGGUGUACAAAGUACAGGACACUGAUUAUUCUCCCUGUCUGGGUGUACAAAGUACAGGACACUGAUUAUUCUCCCUGUCUGGGUGUACAAAGUACAGGACACUGAUUAUUCUCCCUGUCUGGGUGUACAAAGUACAGGACACUGAUUAUUCUCCCUGUCUGGGUGUACAAAGUACAGAACACUGAUUAUUCUCCCUGUCUGGGUGUACAAAGUACAGGACACUGAUUAUUCUCCCUGUCUGGGUGUACAAAGUACAGGACACUGAUUAUUGGAAGGGUAUUUACAUAAGGACUUCUUUGCACAUGAAUAACCCAUGCAUACUGCUUUUCUAAACAACAACUGGAAGACAAUGGAAAUAUCAACUUGUGGUUGUUGUACUGCUUAUGAAUAUGUACAGCCUAAAAUAAUGUGGCCCGCCUAUUUAUGAGACACAGUAAUUUAUGAGACACACUCAUGGAUUGUCAUACAGUAAAUGAAUGGUAGUGACUAUGUUGAUAUGUUUCCAGUGUGAGUGCAGGGAAACUGGUGCGGUUGUAGCUGGAAAGGAGCUGGAAAGGAGCUGGAAAGGAACUGGCGGUGGCCAGAGCUGCGGGGGUCACAGCCGCUGUCUUUCUUUAUUUCUUUCUAGUUUAUUUUUCUCCUGUAAACUUUCCUUCCAUGAAAUUCACUCUUUUCAGACGUCUAAUCAGAAAAGCCCACCAUUAGUUCAGCAUCAAACAUUAGCCACUAAAUCAAGAGGAAUGGUAGAAAAUGAAUGUCUUCUUCCCACAGACAGUAAAGUUUAGGGAGGGAAAGGCAGUUCACUCCUUAUGAGUUCUCCCUGAGUGACAGUGAAUGAAUAAAGCGAGCGAGUUCCCCGCCGACAAAAGUGUUUACUCUUCGAGACUUCAACUGGGAGAUGAGAGGAGUUCUGCACUGUCUCAAGGCGGAUUUUUCUCUCUCUCUCUCUCUCUCUCUCUCUCUCUCUCUCUCUCUCUCUCUCUCACCCUUCCAUUAUUAAACAUACGUUUUACAAUUCUCUCUCUCUUUCUCCCUGUCUCUUUCUUCUUCAUCAUCAACUUCUGAAACUUCUCACAUUCCUCCUCCGUGUCUCCGGAGACUUCAACCCCAGACUGUAGAAUAGAAAUAGACCGUCAUCUGUCACAUCUAGCACCUCCACCCCCUUCUCAUAGAGAAACAGAAACACACAACAGAGAGGCUUCAUUGAGAAAAUUGUAGAAUAUCUCUGUACAGUCAUUCAAGAAUUAGUCUCGAACCACCCCAAAACUCAACGACUCACUCAGUAUUUCACAAGUCAUUGAAUUACUCAAUGACUAAGUUUACAGUAUUUAAGGAAAUUGUGGGAUUUUCCAUUAUAGUCCAUCAAUCAAGAAUUAAACCCUCCGCAAACCACUUAAUAGAAUCAGUCAAUUACUUAAGUCUACAGUAACUUACUACACCGCUCGCCCCUCUGUAAUCAUCAGUGGUCGAACUGCAGCAGACACCUCCCCAUUUAUUAUUUAUUUAAUUGUAUUUAUUUUACCCUUAUUUUACCAGGUAAGUUGACUGAGAACACAUUCUCAUUUACAGCAAUGACCUGGGGAAUAGUUACAGGGGAGAGGAAGGGAUGAAUGAGCCAGCUGGAAGCUGGGGAUGACAAACAUGGCGGUUUGGUUCCCGUUACUGUGGUUGUGGUUAUAGUCCCAGCUCUUUAAAUAAACAGGCCCCCUCGGUAACCGCAGUCGCACUCUCAUAACACCGUCUCCUCUUCCCUAAUGUGCAGCACGCGAGCCCACGCUCUACCCAGCCUGGGCCUAGUCUGAUGGACAGAUCCCUCCAUCCCUCUUUCUCCUUCCCCUCAUCUCUCUCUCACCGGCUGUGAUGGAUGUCCCAGGUCUGGUUUCUCACCGAGACACAACUUGGCCAAACAAACCAGCUUGCGGUGAAGUCAGUCAGGCUCAGCUUAGAGAUGUGUUUAAUAGAGUAGAACAGGCAGUGAUGGGGAUGACACACACCCCUGCCUGCACACACAGGGCAUUCAGCCAGGGCUCACUUAUCAUACCAGACAGAGAGAGAAAGCAGAGGGAGAGAAAAGCAAGGUUGGGAUCUCAUCAUCAGCCCUAUGUUAGUUCUGGGACUGACUGGGGUUUCCUUCCAAAUGGCACCCUAUUUCCUAUAUAGUACACUACUUUUGACCAGAGCCCAGAUCUAGUGCACUAUAAUAGGGAAUAGGGUGCCAUUCUGAACGCAGCCUGGAGCUCCUGUGAUCUACCUGAAAGAGAAGCAGACGGCCUGGACCCUCAUCAUCCGUCUUUGACAGCUAAUUGUUGAACUUCUCUGAUUGCUGUAAUUACUCACAGCAGGGCGCCGGGUGUGCGUGUAUGUGCGCGUGCGUGCAUGUGCGCGUGUGUGCGUGCAUGCCUUGUUUGGAAGAGAGUGUUCAGUUUGAGGUUUUAAUGUGCUGUUUGGAAUGAAAUUGGCAGAUCCAUUUUCUCUAGAGAUGAACUACAAUGAGUGUGCCAAGUCACGCAUCUCGAACAUGAAUGUGGAUCAAUGAAGUUUAUACCAAUGCACAUUAUUACGAUGUUACCUCCGACCAUGAACCUGAAUAUCUGGUUUUGGGUGCUUGCGUGUGUGUGUAGAUUGCAGAGCAUGAGAAGGAGCUUGCAGAGCUGGAGAGGUGUGGUGAGGAGCUGGAAAGGUGUGGUGAGGAGCUGGAGAGGUGUGGUGAGGAGCUGGAGAGGUGUGGUGAGGAGCUGGAGAGGUGUGGUGAGGAGCUGGAGAGGUGUGGUGAGGAGAUGGAGAGGUGUGGUGAGGAGCUGGAGAGGUGUGGUGAGGAGAUGGAGAGGUGUGGUGAGGAGCUGGAGACGUGUGGUGAGGAGCUGGAGAGGUGUGGUGAGGAGAUGGAGAGGUGUGGUGAGGAGCUGGAGAGGUGUGGUGAGGAGAUGGAGAGGUGUGGUGAGGAGAUGGAGAGGUGGUGAGGAGCUGGAAGAUGAGAUUGAGAUGAAGAAAGAAGCAUAUGUGGAGGAGAUCGCUGAUCUGGAGGUAAGAGAGAUCUAGGAACAGUUUACCCUACCAUCAUCCCUAACCACAGAUCUAGGAACAGUUUACCCUACCCUCAUUCCAAACCACAGAUCUAGGAACAAGUUAUUCUACCCUCAUCCUAACCACAGAUCUAGGAACAGUUUAAACUACCCUUAAUCCUAACCACAGAUCUAGGAACAGUUUAAACUACCCUUAAUCCUAACCACAGAUCUAGGAACAGUUUAAACUACCCUCAAUCCUAACCACAGAUCUAGGAACAGUUUAAACUACCCUUAAUCCUAACCACAGAUCUAGGAACAGUUUAAACUACCCUUAAUCCUAACCACAGAUCUAGGAACAGUUUAAACUACCCUCAAUCCUAACCACAGAUCUAGGAACAAGUUAUUCUACCCUCAAACCUAACCACAGAUCUAGGAACAGUUUACCCUUCCCUAUCCUCAAGUCUAAGAGUAGAAAGUUAGAAAAUAUCAGACCUUAGACUAGUGGUUAGGGUCAGCUUCUACCUCCAUCCAUCCAUCCCAUAUAUCCAAUGGCUCUAUUCCAAUAACUUCUACCUCCAUCCACCCAUCCCAUAUACCCAAUGGCUCUAUUCUAAUAACCACACUAGCAUACCAAUUAGAAUGUGUCCAAUACAUAGAUACAUGGCUUUAUAAUAAGUGGUAGGAUGGAAGUGGUUAUUAGAACAUGGCCCAUUAUCUCUCUGUUUCUUCUCAGUGUCGUAUUGAGGAGAUGAAGGAGCAGCAGCAUGACCUGCAGGUCCAGAUGAGGGAGCAGUGUGGGGACUACGAGGAGCUGCUGGGUCAGAAGAUGGCCCGGGACAUCGAGAUCACUGUCUAACGGGGAGACUUUUCACUGAUACAUUUCACCCACAGGGCCUCAUGCACAGCAAUAGUGUACAGUGUGAUCAUCAAGGCCUCUGUAGUAGUGAAAAAGAUGGAGAGGCCCUGCAGCAUUUACUAAUGGGCUUGUUCAGGAAAGAAAAUUAAGUACCCAAAACACAUGACACUUGGAGAGACAAUGACUAUCCUUAAUAUAAUAUUCAAUACAGAGGUUUCUGUAGUUUUACAAUGACAAUAGUAUCUUCAGAUGACGUGAUGUUAGCCUAAUAUUUUUGAUUUUCUUCACAAUAUUUGUGUAGCCCUACAUUGUGAACAUGUGAGUAGUAUGUGUGACAUAAUGUCACCUGGGCAUCCUCAUAUCCAUAAUAUCCAUAUUAAGACAUUCCUGAGAACAAAGGUCUGACAUCCUAGGUCAAAAGGUCUGACAUCCGAGGUCAUCCGGGGUCACUGGAAACAGGCCCUACGACAGUCCCAGAAAACAUGAUGCAAUUUCCUGUCCGGUAUCCUUGAAGAUGUUUUCGUGUUUCUGUCUUGCCGCCCUCCUGUUUUGUGUGUUUGUGUCUGCCUGUGUGUCUGUCUGUCUGUGUGUGUGUCUGUCUGUGUGUCUGCCUGUGUGUGUCUGUCUGUGUGUCUGCCUGUGCUUCUGUCUGUGUAUGUGUCUGUGUGUGUGUCUGUGUGUGUGUCUGUGUGUGUGUGUGUCUGUGUGUGUGUCUGUCUGUGUAUCUGUCUGUGUAUCUGUCUGUGUGUCUACCUGUGUGUCUGCCUGUGUGUCUGUCUGUCUGUCUGUCUGUGUGUCUGUCUGUGUGUCUGUCUGUCUGUGUGUCUGCCUGUCUGUGUGUCUGUCUGUGUGUCUGCCUGUGUGUCUGCCUGUGUGUCUGCCUGUGCUUCUGUCUGUGUGUGUGUCUGUGUGUGUGUCUGUGUGUGUGUCUGUCUGUGUGUCUGUGUGUGUGUCUGUCUGUGUACAGUGGGGGAAAAAAGUAUUUAGUCAGCCACCAAUUGUGCAAGUUCUCCCACUUAAAAAGAUGAGAGAGGCCUGUAAUUUUAAUCAUAGAUACACGUCAACUAUGACAGACAAAAUGAGGAAAAAAAAUCCAGAAAAUCACAUUGUAGGAUUUUUUAUGAAUUUAUUUGCAAAUUAUGGUGGAAAAUAAGUAUUUGGUCAAUAACAAAGUUUUCUCAAUACUUUGUUAUAUACCCUUUGUUGGCAAUGACACAGGUCAAACGUUUUCUGUAAGUCUUCACAAGGUUUUCACACACUGUUGCUGGUAUUUUGGCCCAUUCCUCCAAGGCAGAUCUCCUCUAGAGCAGUGAGGUUUUGGGGCUGUCGCUGGGCAACACGGACUUUCAACUCCCUCCAAAGAUUUUCUAUGGGGUUGAGAUCUGGAGACUGGCUAGGCCACUCCAGGACCUUGAAAUGCUUCUUACGAAACCACUCCUUCGUUGCCCGGGCGGUGUGUUUGGGAUCAUUGUCAUGCUGAAAGACCCAGCCACGUUUCAUCUGCAAUGCCCUUGCUGAUGGAAGGAGGUUUUCACUCAAAAUCUCACAAUACAUGGCCCCAUUCAUUAUUUCCUUUACACGGAUCAGUCGUCCUGGUCCCUUUGCAGAAAAACAGCCCCAAAGCAUGAUGUUUCCACCCCCAUGCUUCACAGUAGGUAUGGUGUUAUUUGGAUGCAACUCAGCAUUCUUUGUCCUCCAAACACAACGAGUUUUAUUUUGGUUUCAUCUGACCAUAUGACAUUCUCCCAAUCCUCUUCUGGAUCAUCCAAAUGCACUCUAGCAAACUUCAGACGGGCCUGGACAUGUACUGGCUUAAGCAGGGGGACACGUCCGGUACUGCAGGAUUUGAGUCCCUGGCGGCGUAGUGUGUUACUGAUGGUAGGCUUUGUUACUUUGGUCCCCCCGUGUGGUUCUGGGAUUUUUGCUCACCGUUCUUGUGAUCAUUUUGACCCCACGGGGUGAGAUCUUGCGUGGAGCCCCAGAUCGAGGGAGAUUAUCAGUGGUCUUGUAUGUCUUCCAUUUCCUAAUAAUUGCUCCCACAGUUGAUUUCUUCAAACCAAGCUGCUUACCUAUUGCAGAUUCAGUCUUCCCAGCCUGGUGCAGGUCUACAAUUUUGUUUCUGGUGUCCUUUGACAGCUCUUUGGUCUUGGCCAUAGUGGAGUUUGGAGUCUGACUGUUUGAGGUUGUGGACAGGUGUCUUUUAUACUGAUAACAAGUUCAAACAGGUGCCAUUAAUACAGGUAACGAGUGGAGGACAGAGGAGCCUCUUAAAGAAGAAGUUACAGGUCUGUGAGAGCCAGAAAUCUUGCUUGUUUGUAGGUGACCAAAUACUUAUUUUCCACCAUAAUUUGCAAAUAAAUUCAUUAAAAAUCCUACAAUGUGAUUUUCUGGAUUUUUUUUCUCAAUUUGUCUGUCAUAGUUGACGUGUACCUAUUAUGAAAAUUACAGGCCUCUCUCAUCUUUUUAAGUGGGAGAACUUGCACAAUGGGUGGCUGACUAAAUACUUUUCCCCCCCACUGUAUCUGUCUGUGUGUCUGCCUGUGUGUCUGCCUGUGUGUUUGUGUGUCUGCCUGUGUGUUUGUUUGUGUGUGUGUGUGUGUCUGCCUGUGUGUGUGUGUGUGUGUGUGUGUGCCUGUGUGUGCCUGUGUGUGCCUGUGUGUGUGUGUGUGUGUGUGUGCUCAACCAUCUGCCAUCCUGGUAUGUAGAAGGAUGCACUUUGCCCUUCCCGACCCUUUGGACAACCCUUCGCUCACCCCUCUGCCGCUUCGAACACAUCCUCGUGGCUCGGGAAGAGGCAGCAUCACACAAUGCCUCAUUAGAAUGGACAGGGGGACCUCACACUGUCAGGACAAUUGUCAAGCCACUUUAUCAUCCAGCCUGUUAAUGUCAGCAGCCCCGCAACACAGUCAGCCUCACAACUGUAGCCUCCUUUAAACACUGGUCCCCCAACAGAUUGUUCCAAAGACACACACACACACACAGACUCAAGGCACAGACACACCAACAUUUUCAUUAACACACACAUACACGCACACACACACAAAAACUUAGUCAUGGCGCAGGCAGACAGUCUGGGGGCGAAGUUGCCUAACUUUUUUACAUGGCUGUUUUGUCAUCCGUAACUAAAACCAUGAAUAAGAAAUGAACAUCUGAGAUGUUUGCUCUUCUCCGUGCUACAGAACAGAGUCUAAUUACAUUAGUGUCACCUGUAAAAUGUAUAGAGUCUAAUGACAGUAGUGUCACCUGUAAAAUGUACACUGAGACAUUUGGACCAGGGCCCAGAUUCACAAAACCUUCUUAAGAAGAAAUGUCUUCUUAACUGAGAUUUUUUCCUUAAGUAUAGACUUGAUGAAGAAAUUUAAGCAAAGUUGCUGGCACCCUAUUGUAUUGCGCUACUUCUAUGUAUUGCACUAAUUUGACCAGGGCCCAUAGGGCUCUAGUCAAAGUAGUGCACUAUAUAGGGAAUAGGGUGCCAUUUGGGACACAGCCUCUAAUUAAAUUUUAUCUGAUUGAAUUCAAGUGCGGAGCAAAAUCUUUCCUCAAUUUCAUUAGAAAGUAAUGUCCGUAACUCCGAUAGGUAUGCUUCCAUAAUGGUUUAUUUAGAAGUACACAAAGCAGACAAUGUUUCUAUGGAGGCUAGCCAUGUUUCUAUGGAGGCUAGCCAUGUCAGGUCUGAAGUGUAGAACACUGGCUGUACUGUGUGUAUGUAUUCAGCAGACAAUCUUCCAGUUGUCUUCCUCUUCCUCUCUUCUAUUCCCAGGGGUUUGGUGGAAGAGGAGGAUGAGAGGCUGUGCUACCUGUGAGAGGAACCGAUGCAGACCAGACCAGGCCAAACAACCGGCUUUCGGCGAUGGAUGUCCCCCAUACGGAUUUGACGUGAUGCCAAAACACAACAGACCUAAAUCAUCUAUUAGAGAUCCCAUGAAGCUAACCGCCACUGCCAGACAAUCAUUUGAGCAGAUGUAA